AUGACAGCAUCUUGGAGAUAUUCUGGGUCUUUUUUGACUGCUGGUCAUGGUGGUUCGAGGACCAUUGGUUUGGAAACACUGAUAUACACUGCUUCUGCUGUUCUAACGUCCUAUCGUCAAGCUAAAAUCCAAAAUUUGUCUCUUCUACCACUUACUAGCAUUGUACGUGACAAAACUUUACUUGAACGUCAACAACUUCAUACCAGUCACCUUGAGUUAGAUCGUCGAGUUGCUGCAGUGUACAAGAAGAAUUUUACUUAUGUACCUCCAUCACCACCGACCGAACUUAUCGAAUCUACAUAUUACACACUGGAUUUUGCGAACCGUAAGUUUGUGCAUAUCGGUAUUGACCCGAGCGAACAAUUCCAGGUCGUUGUACAUUUUUUAACCCCAUCGCGGCAUGUCAAAAUAACACCGGAUUUUCUAAAACGUAUAUUUUCACUGAUGGGUAAUAUGCUGUCAUUCGUAUUGGAGCAGACACUAACAUAUAAGCGCACGUUAUUUUUGGAAACCGAACUUUAUAAAAUAUCCAGUAUGGUGUAUGGCGGAGAAAAUGUGAUAGUGAUAGAAUCAAAAACUCAGGACGGGUGCAGAGUACUGUUGAAUCGGAAGCACCUUAUACAACUUAAGUAUUUGGAAUGGUGCAUAUUUGAAACGAUUACACAAAAAUCAAUUAUGACACAACCAGCUGUCUUAAAACAAUUCGAAAUGUUUUUAAACUAUAUCAAUGUUGAAUUCACCAAAGUUGAUUCACACCGCCUUUUUUCGGAAUAUUUAUUGUUCGUGGAACUUUGGUCUUCUUAA